AUGAGAAACAUGUUUCUCCCUUCCUUUUUUAAAUUUGGUCCAAGUGCUGGGGACUCUUCUGCAAAUGAUCAUGAUGCCAAAAUUAAAGUAGAUAAUGAUGACAACAACUCAUUUGACAUGCAAUCUCAAUCAUCUGAAUUUGCAACUCAAGAAGAUGAUGAUGAUAAUGAUACAAUGAAUCAAGCUACCCCAACCAAACCACAAUCUGAAACCAUUGAACCUUCAUUUCUAUCUACCGGUAGCUCUACACUCCAAACAAAUCGAUCAAAUGUUGGUACACAUAGCAACGGUAUCAAGAGAAACAUUUGCACUCCUCCUCAUACACCACCUACUACUCCAUCGACCUAUACCUCAUUCACCACCUCCACCUCCUCUACUGCCUCUACUGCACAUAGCAACAAAAAAGAGACAAUUGGAUUAAAGGGACCUACAUCUAAAGCUAAUGUUCAUCUCAAAGUAACCAACAUUACAGAGGAGCAAUUGGGAGAGUUAAUGCAAUCGGUCGACUUGAAUUCAGCUUUGGGAGACACUACGGAAAAUGGACGUUGCAUGGUAUGUCACCAUCGAUCGAUUGGAGGUAAAUUGGGAUUAAAUGUUCAACACUUGGCAUUUAUGAAUCAAAAAGGAGUGGCUGAAACAAAAAAGAUUCCCAUCGUCAAAUCGGCAAACAGUCUCUCAAUCUCCACCAUUUGUGCUACCAAGCAAUGCAUCAAUCCACAACAUCUUAUCAGUGAAAUCUCCAUGAGUCACCGUACAAGAGUAAAGUGUCAUGCCAAGAUCAAGAGAAUUUUGAAACUGUCUCCCAAGAAACUCCAAAGACAAAAGAUUGUCAGUGUCAUUGAAAAGUGUCCUCACAAACCUCAAUGUCUUCCAACUUUACCAUUUCACAAGGAUAAAGUAGAUCAAGAAAGUGACAGUGAAGAAGAAGAAGAAGAAGAAGAAAGUGACGAUGAAGAUGAUGUUGAAAGUGACAACGAUGAAGAGGAAAGUGACAAUGAUGAAGAGGAAGGGGAAGAAGAAGAAGAAGAUAUGGAGAAUCUAAAGUCGGUUAAAAGAAAAAGAUCAAGAAACAACCAUCAUGCAUCUCAUUUCGUGGCAUCCACCUGUAGGGUGGAGCACUACUCUUUCGAUUGCGAAGUUUUAUUGAUUGAAGUCUUUGUUUGA